UGGCCCGGCAUCCUGAGACGCUUGCGAACAGCUUCCGUCUCGAUCUGUUCCAUGCGUUGGACCUCUGGGAAGCACGCGCCCGCGCGAUGCCUACGUAAGUCAUGGCGCGGCCCCGAGGCUCGGUGCACCCGCCGGCCACCAGGCGGGCCGCCGGCGGCAGGGGCGACGGCCGCGGGCAGGCCGACCGGGUCCCGUGUUUUUUUUUUUGGGGGGGGGAAUGGACAGCGGGGGCCCGCGCCGAGGAGCGCCCUGCUUGCCCCCAGGGUGCCCUGGGCCUCCUGGUGGGUCUCGAGGGCGUCGCGAUGGACAGCGUGGCUCCCGCUCCAAAAACCCACGGACGCCCUGGGGUCUCAGGGCUGGGCUUCCUGCGGAAGGCUUCCUGCGGUCGGGCCCCUCACCGCAACAGACCGCCAGCGUCGACGGGCGGCGCAGCAGCCUCGCCGCCCGCCGCGGUGCGCGCCGUCUCGGCGCCGGCAGCCCCGGCGCCGAGACGGGGCCCGGAGCGCGAGGCCGGCCCCCCACACCUGGAGCGGCGGCGGCCUGGAGGGCGACUUCGGAGAGCACACGGACGAGCGUGCUCCACUGCUCGCAAGAUUACAUCGCAGCAGGCCUGUGUCUUUCGGACCUCUGCGAGCGGGCACUCUGCGAGUCGUGGGAGGCGCUCGGUGAGCAAAGGGGGGGAGGCAGGAACGCGACCGGGAGAGGAAGCAGCAAAGACAGACAGACGACGGAGGGAACGAGCGGCAGGCGGCGGCCGAGCAGAGGGGAGCGGGAGGCAGGGGACUGAGACAACCAGGCCUCGGCGAGAGCCUCUUCUCGGGCCUUCGCGACCGACGCCUCUCUUGCACGCGCGUCAUUCAUCCAGCAUUGUGGAAUGGGCCCUCGCACUCGACCUCGCCACUAGCGGUGGCCAAGUGCGACUCCCAUCGACCCCAUAAUCUUGGCAGGGAGGACCCCGAAACGCUUGCCACGAUGCCGGGCCUGCUGACACCUCCACCAGGCACAGACGCCGCGUGCGGAGGGCAAGACAGCAGGUGCCACUCAUUCGUACAGGGUGUCCUGUGGGCAUCGAUUAACC